CAAUUCAGAGGCCAAAAUAGAGCAAAUCCUUUGAUAAUUGUUGUUUUAGAUUUUCAUCAUACUAAUGAUAAUGUCUUCGUUCUCAUGGGUUACUGCUCUAUUGCUUCUUCUAUACACAGCUAACCUUCGCUUGGCAGAUGCUCAAAUUGGUGUUUGCUAUGGUAUGCUGGGGAACAAUCUACCAGCAGCAAACGAAGUGAUAGAUGUUUACAGAUCAAACAACAUCAAACGAAUGAGACUCUAUGAUCCCAAUCAAGCUGCUCUACAAGCACUUAGAAACUCCGGCAUUGAACUCAUUCUUGGAGUUCCAAACUCUGAUCUUCAAGGCCUUGCCACAAACUCUGAGAGCGCACGCCAAUGGGUGCAAAGAAAUGUGCUAAGCUUUUGGCCUAGUGUCAAAAUCAAGUACAUUGCAGUUGGUAAUGAAGUGAGACCUGUUGGAGACUCCACUUCAUGGAUGGCUCAGUAUGUUCUCCCAGCAAUUCAGGUGCACCAUUACUAACCAACGUUUAUCCUUACUUUAGCUAUAAAGAUAACCCACGUGACAUAUCACUAUCCUAUGCUAUUUUCACAUCACCAAAUGUUGUGGUACAAGAUGGUCAAUAUGGGUACCAGAAUCUUUUUGAUGCUAUGUUAGAUGCAGUGCAUGCUGCCAUUGAUAACACUGGAAUUGGUUUUGUUGAGGUUGUUGUGUCUGAGAGCGGGUGGCCCUCAAGUGGAGAUUUUGGUGCAACUUAUGAUAGUGCCCAGAUUUAUUUGGAUAAUUUGAUUCGUCAUGUUAAUAGGGGUACUCCAAGAAGGUCUUGGAAGCCUACGGAAACUUAUUUAUUUGCCAUGUUUGAUGAGAACCAGAAGAAUCCAGAGCUAGAAAAACAUUUUGGACUUUUCUUUCCUAACAAACAGAAGAAGUAUUCAUUUGGAUUUGGUGCAGAAAGGGGAUUGGAAUUCUUUAAUGCAACAAUUCCAUUGAAGAGUGACAUCUGAGGUUGGCAUCCAUGUUGGUGUGGUUUUUGUUUUCGCUUCCUUUUUUAUAGUUACUAUGAAAAAGUUUGGCUUGGGUUAAAUUAGUGCAUGCAAAUGUAUUUAGAUAUAUGAGAAACCAUGUUGCGCAA